UAUCCGUCAGGAAGAGUAAACGACUCCGUGCACUGGUUCAUGGGCGAGCUAACGUCCAGGGUGGUCGCGGAGUCGGGGACACCCUCCGACGUACACCAUCUCGGGAAAAUCCUGCUGCGGAGCCUGAAGGAUUAUCCGGACUUCGUUUUACAGAUAGACGGGGCAACCGGCGAAUCAGAAACCAAUGGCUCAGUCCUCGAGAGGACAGUUCGCUGCGCCAUCGCCCUCAAGAGCCUGGGUCUCCAGCGCGGUGACGUCAUCACCCUCAUGGCUCCGAACCACAUCGACCUGGCCAUACCGUUCUACGCGGCGCUCUACCUGGGAGUCAUUGUGUCACCUAUUGACAGGACUUUGGGUGUUGAUGAACUCCAACGAACUUUCGAAGUGACCAGACCCAAGGUGGUCUUCUUCCAAAGCGACCGAGCCCCAGAUGUGCAGCUAGCUCUGAGCGGAAUCGAGUCGGAUGCCUUCAUAGUCACCUUUGAUACAGCCGACCGGCUUAGCUUCCCUGAAUUCUUGGGGAAGUAUGGGGGUAAAGGCCCUCUUGAUGAGUUCAAGCCCACAGAUUUCAACCCAGAAGACACCAUUGCCCUCCUAUUAGCCACCAGCGGAUCUACUGGACUGCCAAAAAGUGCUGCUGCCACUCAUAAGAAUUUAGCGAUCACAGCACCAUACGAUUGGAUCCGACACACGAAGUUCCCAAGCCCUACCAAGAUGAUAUUCAUCAUAUCACCCCUGCAAUGGCUCACUGCGAUGGCAAUGUUCCUGACGUCUCCGAUCAUGCGAAUUACCAGGCUGCAGUCAUCGCACACUUUAACGCAGAAACACACUUAUGAGCUUAUCAACAAUUAUAAGCCAACCUUCAAGAUAGUGAGUCCGACGUUUCUGACCACGCUUAUAACACCGGAGGGUUGUGAGGAGUGCGACUUCAGCUGUUUCGAGACAAUCGUUAUAGGUGGCAGCGCUGUUACAGCUGACCUGAUACAGGAAAUUAAGAGAGCAGCGCCGCGCACAGAGGUACUGAAAGGGUAUGGAAUGAGCGAAGUCACGUCUUUGGUGUUUAUAAAUGAAGGUUUGAACCCCGGCUCUGCCACCGUCGGGAAACCUAUGGGCUGUUUGCAGUACAGGUUGAUAGACGUGGAGACUCAAGAGGACAUCUACGAUCCAUACAAGAACGGAGAGCUGUGGGUCAAAGGCCCUGGAAUAAUAAGGGAGUACUACAGAAACCCUGAAGCGACAGCAGAGGCUUUCGCCGAAGACCGUUGGUUCAAAACCGGAGACAUGUUCUACAGGGAUGAAAAUUAUAACUUUUUCUAUGUGGAGCGAAUUAAACUACUGCUUAAGUAUAUGAAUCAUCAAAUAUCCCCAGUAGAACUAGAGAGAACAAUCCGCCGGCACCCGGGAGUUCUAGACGUGGCCGUGACCGGUAUACCGGACAAGCGCGGGGACUUACCGGUCGCUUGCGUGGUGCGGCGGCCAGGGCAUGACGUCAGUGCCGAGGAGAUCCAACAGCUGGUCAAAGAAAAUUUGGCAGAAACAAAACAGCUAAGGGGAGGUGUGAUAUUCCUAGACGCAAUACCACAAACGGCAUCCACAAAGAUCCAUCGGAGAAAACUCAAGGAAAUUGCUAUACAAAUGCUAACAAAUUAAAAAUUUAU